AUGGAAACAGAAGAAGAAUCCUCUAAGGUAUUGGCAACAAAAAAACAAACAAAAAGAAAAGGUCUUACUGGUGUCCAAAAAGCUGAAAUAUGCUAUCUACAAGAAAAGGGAAUUCUAACAAUGCUUCUUCGAAGUGACAAAGAACCAGAAAAUUCACCCUGUUGGAAGAGGCGCUGGCUCUUUGGAUGUCUCGGGCAAGCAAAUUAUAAAAGAAUUUUCUGCAAAGAUCGUAUAGAUGUAUUUGAUACUUUUUUGAAAUUUGGUGGUAGUUUUCCUGAACCAAUAACUAUUAAAGAUAUGAUCGACUUUUCCAAAGAGCUUGUCCAAAUUAAUAAACUAGAUAUCACUAAUGAGAUUCAGGAUUUGAUUAUACGCUUACCUCUCGACCAGCCUAUAAAUGCAAAGGAGUAUGUAAAUUCUGAUAACAAUCUUAUUACCACUGAAGUGCUGAAUGAUGAUGAGAUAAUCGAAGCUGUAAAGAACCAUGAAUGUAUUGAACCAGAAGAUGAAAUUUCAAAUAAGUCAAUAUCUUUUGCACAAUCCUUAGGAUUUAUUGAUAGGAUUUUAUUGUUUUUUGAGCAGCAACCGGAUGGCACUUUCAAAAUUGAUGAUACACUUAUUCAAAAUUUAGAAAAAUUAAAAAAAGAAUUGAGAUUGAAAAAUAUUGCUUCGCAACAACAAGCUACCUUAGAUUCAUUU